GGCUUUCCCCUAACCGCCACUCUGUUUCCUCCUUUCUUCCUACAAUCUCUCUUCGUUUCAUCAAUUCUCUCUAUCCAGCGCCCAUAUACGACACAAAUCCUCCCUGCCUGUCAUUUGCGACCCUGAUGCUUAAUCAACUGAAUAUUGGGCCUCUCUUCCGUCGUGCACGCUGCGGUUCGUCCCAGUUGCACCCACCGCGCUCGCUCAGAUCUGAUCACCACUCGAUCGAUUAAUUCUUUCUUCUUUCUUUCUUUGGCUUCUCCGGCGAGAUAGGCAAUACACAAUUCGCAAACGCAAACGAAAAGAAGGAUAAUCUUCGUCUCUAGUUCAAUUACUCGAUUCAAUCUCUACGUCAUCAACUACAACCACGCCGACAGACACACCAUUCCACAUACGGUAUACCACCACAUCGGCGGGACGACAACACCGACCAUGACGCUCCCAGAGCAACAGCCGAGCGCGUCUUCCAAACUCGGUGCCUACCUGUCGCGCUUCAACCCAAUCCCUGCCUUCCCCAGCUAUGCGGGCCCUCACAAAGUCGGCACCGUCGACGUCGAAAUCCCCGUCUCCGAGCUCGACUCUCCCAGUCCGGUGCCCGAAAACGCCCAGGACAUCCACACCGUCCAAUUUCGAAUCUACUAUCCCGCCACUCCGGAUGCCAACGGCAGCAACAUCAGUUGGCUCCCCGCCCCGCAAAGGAAUCAUGUCUCUGCCUACACUCAGUUCCUCGGUCUCCGCCCAUUGCUGGCCGACAUCAUCUCCUUUCUUCCUCGACACCUCCAUUACACCACCAUCCCCGUCCACAAGAAUGCCAAUCUUCUCGAACCCAACACUCCGAAUGCCCGAUGGCCCACCAUGAUCUUCUCCCACGGCCUAGGCGGCAACCGCAACACCUACUCUUUCUUCGCCGGCUCUCUUGCCUCCCACGGCAUCGUCGUCAUAUGCCCCGAGCACCGCGACGGGAGCGCUGUCACCGCCUUCGUCCGUAUUCCGGACGCUCAGGACCGCUACUUCAUCCGCUCCACUAGCCGUGUCGUCCCCUACAACCGAAUAUCGCACGAGGUAAAGCCCGAGAUUUACGAGGCCCGCGAAGAACAGCAGCGCAUCCGCCUCUGGGAACUGGGCCUCGUCCACGCCGCCGUCCUCUCCAUCGACGACCGUCGCCACCCUCUCUCGAACCUGAACAAGUCCACCCCGACCCUGUCCCACCUGGCGAACCGCCUCCACGUACACGAGCCCGGGAGCAUCAUCUUCGCCGGCCACAGCUUCGGCGCCGCCUCCGUCGUCCAAUUCCUGAAGAGCACCUACUACGCCGGUUCCCCCGCCUUGGACGCUAUGGACAAGCCCCUCUUCACCCCGCGCCGGGACUCCGAACUCUGCAACCAAGUCACUGAGCGUAACGUGACCAUGCUUCUCGACAUGUGGUGCUUCCCCUUGCUCGCACCCAACUCGGCCGCUCUCUUCGACCUGCCCCUCCCCGCCUACGCCGACGUUCCCACCGCACCAGGCGGCAAGGCCCUCCUGGCCGUCGAGUCGGACGCCUUCUACAAGUGGACCGAGCACCUCCACGUCACCGCCCGUGUGCUGUGCCCGGACCCGUCCGCUCAGGUCGUCACCGCCGACCUGUACCAGCGACCGAGCGGCGUCCGCCUUCCGGAGCCGAAUUUCUUCUACGUCGAGGCAUCGGCCCACCUCUCGCAGUCGGAUUUCGGCCUCUUGUUCCCCUGGCUGACGCGCCGCAUCUUCGACUCGGUCGAGCCGGAACGGGCUCUACGGUUGAAUCUCCGCGCACAACUUCAGCUGCUUCGCACGAACGGCAUUCCCGUCGCUCGGACCUGGGUCGGGGAUCUGAUCGACGGCGUCGGGUUUGAUAAGGAUGACAGCCUUGCAGGGGCCAACGCGGGCCAGAGCGAGAGUGAAAGUGAAGGCGAAGCCGAAGCCGAAGCCGAAGCCGAGGGACAAAAUGGACACAGUGGUUCCGAUGACGGAAUCCUCAAUGACCGAGCCAUCUUCGACCGUGGCGGUGGUGGGAAAAUCCAUUGCUGGCAUUGGAUUGACAGUAUCGGCAUGGGCAAUCCUGCCAAGGCCGAUGCGACGGCCGGCCAGGAUGUCGGCAAGGAUGUCGCCGCUGUGGAGGAUUCUGCAAAGGAUAUGGAGGAGGAGGUCGAACCGCCUACUCUCGAGCCGUCGACCGUGGCGCCUCCGCUUAGCGGAGCUACCACGCCAUGACGAUCUGAGUUUUAACGACGUUCGCGGGUGGAUAACAACUGGAGGUUCCUGUACACUAUCUUACGACUGGAUGUGACCAUGGGUCUCAUUGACGGCCGGAUCCUGGAGUCGGGAUGGGUCAUCAUCUGGGUUGGCAUUGUAUUUUUAUAUAGACAGACUUGAAGCAGUGGGUAGCAAGCGAUAUUUGAUUUAGACAUGGGGAUUUCAGCUGCACGGUCCGGCAGCCCUCUUGGUCACACGAAGCCAAAACUCGUGGGUAAUCCAGAAGCCAGCGCU